AAAAGCAGUGUGUGUCCAUCCUGAUGUUCCUUCGCAAACAGGAGGGGAUCAACCAGCUGCCUGGGUGUGGAAAUACCUGACAACCCCCAUCUCUUUCGCCUUUUGGAUCUUUGUAUCUGACUGUUGUCUUCCAGCCUUUGACCCCCGCAUCAUGGCCUCUACUCUAAAAGUCAUCUUCCUGUUUCUUUGGUUGCUUCAGUGUGGAGGGGCAAGUGUCGAUGUACAGCAGAAGCCUCCAAUCCAAGUUGCACUGCUUGAGGAAGGAAUAUCCAUCCCCUGUACAGUCAUCUUCCCUUACAUGCCAAAAUACACCACAUUUUCAAUCUUCUAUUACUGGAUUAAUUCACUGGGCCAGAAAACAUCCAUUUACAGUAAGUUGGAAAGCGUAACCAUCCCUCCUGGAGAAAAGAAUAAGACUGCUACUGUAUCUUACAAACACAUAAUCAGGCCCCUUGAAAACACCUCUUCUACUGGCACAUACUACUGCGACGUCAAAUGGAAUGACAUCCAGAAGAUGGGAAAGGGAGUGUUUGUCCUUGCUAGAGGUACAGGGUACGUAGAGACCUCUUAUGGGUGGGAAGUCCUCAUUACCUUUACUGUUCUCCUUGCUGCACUGAGCAUAGCCGCAACAGCUCUGCUUCUGUGGAAAAGAAAGGUGUUGUGCCCUGAAAGGAACCAGCUAAAUAUCCUGGGACAGAAGGUGGAAACGCAGCCCCCUUUAGCCGUCCCACCACCACCAUCUCCUGUCUAUGAUUGCCUGGAUUUGCAGCAUGUUGAUGUCUAUUCUAUCCUCAAGGACAAUACAAACAACCCAUCAGCCAGAAAGAGUCCUCCAGGGAAGACACCUAAGAAGCAAGCAACUCUAGAAGAAUCCUGUGAUACACUGUAUGAGAAUAUCUAACAGGGAAAAUCUGACCCUGUGUGGACCAGACAUCUUUCUGUACAGCAGAAUUACUCUCUUACAUCCCCAGUUCUCUGCAGAGAUCCACACUGACUUCAGGGCACAACCAUGAGGGACUUGUGACCCCCUGGCUCCUUCUAAACUGCCCUUCAUUAACAAGAGAAUGCAUCUGUUCAAAUCCCACUGGGCUCAGUCUGCAUUGAUGCAGCAGAGCUAUUUUGCAGCAAAGCUGUUUGAUGCAAAAGAAAAGCUGCUAUUGUCAAGCACUCACGUGUAUCUUAGAAAUGGUGCAGAUGGGAUCUGUGCAGGUUUCUCUCACCUGGAAUGACUGAAAUACUUAAAUCUCGAUCCUCUGUAAAUGAUGGGACAAUCCAGAGACCUCCCUGCUUGCUGGCUUGAUCUUCCAAUCCUGACCUGCAGCAGUCCCUCUGAUCCUGUGUCUGAUGCAGUCAUCAGGCCUUCAUGCAUAGUUUAACCAAGAUCCAAGCAUCCACCUGCCCAUUCUUCCUUUCUCAGGAACCCCACAGUGAAACAUGCUUUCUCAUAAUCUGCUAAUCCCAUCAAGUAGUCACAGAUGCCUGCUGUGACCAUACUCAGCUGACUCAAAUCAGUGCCUCCGGUAAAUGCUUUCCCCUCAGCAAUAACAGCAGUAUACGGUGAGGACUGGAUGCACAGACAGAGAUUAAAGAUGAAGAAAAGGAAAACAGAGAAAAUAACCCUGCCUGGCAGAAAAUACCCCCGUCUCAGCAACAGUGCCAUUUCCAGAACAAGGAAGAGGAACAAGGAGGUGGGAAUCUGUGGAAACUCCCUUACUGGGGCCGCAUAAGCCAAGUGGGUCUGGGGCCAGGUUUCAGCUCAGAGAAGUUCAAGCCGAGCUCCCCAGUUUCCUGUUCUUUUUGGCAAUGGGCAUUGUUAUCGCUUGAAAUUUUGAGCCUCUGUGGGAGCAGGCAUGGUACCUCUGCCCCACCAAAGCCAAUAGCUUUGCCUUUGUUUUAGGUGGCCAGUACUUCCCAACAAGGGUAUAAGGCUCCUUUUCCCCGAUCCCGUAGGUUAUUUGCCCAGGUAGACCAGUUCUGAAAUUUAGAGCGACUGGAGGGAGGCCCUAGAGAUGAAUUUUCUAUCCAAGCUUUUCUCUUUCCUGUCAGCUGGAACUUGCCUACUAUUUGUGCUGAUGCAUAUUCUAGUUCUGAUAGGGAAGAGGUUACAUGAAAUAUCCAUAUAACAUGAUCAAACUAGUGAUCAAAAAGCUGAGGCUGUUUUAUCUCAGAUUAAAAAAACAACAACAGAAAAACAACCAAACAAAACCAACCCAAAAUAAGAAUAUGCAGCAUAACUUGAGAGGAAUCAUAGAAGCCUCUUUAAAGAAGAAGAUCAAAUUAAAAUUGAGCUCCAGGGUCAUAGGACCCUCUCUAGUUGAAGAUAAUGUUGCUAUGCAUCAGAGAUAGGGGCUAUGGAAAAUGUCUCCGGGGCCUCCAGCCUUCCUAUACUAUGUUUAAAGAGAUAAUCCGCUUAUUGCGUUGCUCUUUUUAUUAGAAGAGAUUUCAAACAUGCAGUUUGGACUUUCUUUAACCACAGGAAAAUGCUUUUUCUCUUCCCAGUGUUGAGGAAUUCAUUUCAGAAAGAGGAAUGAAUAGACAGUGUGGCUUAUUAGACCCGUUUGCCAUUUAAGUGAUCAUGACAAUUACAAAUAAAUAUUUUUGAAGAAUUUUUGUGUUUCCUACUAUGACCAGAAAACAUUUGUGUUUACAGAAAAAUUUAAAGAGGAUUGUACAGGUAUUACAAUUCCUUUCUUUAACAAAUUUGAAGAAAUGAUGAGAUGAAUUAUAAAUAUGUCGCAGCAUGGCAAUAAAAUAUUCAGCAGAAGCUGGUGGAAAAUAGAUAAAAAGUGAAAACUUUCAAAACAA